AUGGCUGUGGAUUUCAGUGGAAGCUGGAAACUCUUUGAGCAGGAGAACGCAGAGGAGUUCCUCAGAGCCGUCUCCGCUCCAACGAUUUACAUCAAAAUGAUGAAUGAAGUCAAACCUCUGACCACCAUUCAGCAAAACGGAGAUGAGUUCAUCAUCUGUGUGAAAACUCCUCUGAGGAGCAACACAAACAUCUUCACCAUCGGCACUGAGAGCGAGUUCAACACCAUGGACGGGCAGAAGAUCAAGGCCACAGCUCGACUCAUCGACGGGAAGAUUGUGAUCGAAUCUGAGAAGUUCACACACGUGAGAGAGAUCCAGGGCGAGGAGAUGAUCGAGACGUUCUCUGCCGGAAGCGCUACUCUCAUCAGGAGGAGCAGACGAGUUUAAGAACUGAAGAAAUUUAAGCUUUUAC